AUGGCGGCAAAUAAGAUUUCCCCACUAAAAUCAAUGCCUGGAGAAAAGAAUGCCAAAGCAGAUGCCCUUUCUAGAAGUUUUGUCUUCAGUCCAAGGGAAGAAGCUAAACUUGUGUCCAUUGUUCCUAAGGAGGUGAUUGUGGCAGCCCUGACCCCAGAUCUGUUUUCCUCUUUGUCUAAAGCACAGGCAAUGCAAAUGAACAAUGACUCAAUGGUCUCUGAGAUUUUCCUUUUGGGAUUUCAGCAUCUCAACGAUUUCAAGUUCCCAAUGUUUUCUUUGAUUCUUUUGAUUCACAUAUUGACCAUCUAUGGAAAUGUCCUUGUCAUAGCGUUGGUAACAAUCAGCCAUGGUCUUCAGUCUCCCAUGUUCUUCUUUAUCAGACAACUCUCCUUAUCUGAUCUCCUGGAGUCCAUGGUUAUUGUUCCCAUCCUGCUCAAAACUGUCAUGAAUGAAGGAACUAAAAUCUCCCUUAUUGGCUGUAUUGCACAACUUUAUUUCUUUGGUAUCUCUGAAGUUUUACAGUGUUUCCUUCUCACUGUGAUGUCCUAUGACAGAUAUCUGGCCAUCUGUAAUCCUCUGCGUUAUUCUUCCCUAAUGAACCACAAAUUCUGUGUUAAAUUAAUUGUCAUGUCAUGGGUGAUUUCCUUUAGUGUUACACCAGUUGUUGUAAUUUCUGCAACUACACAAAAGUUUUGCAACCAAAAUACGAUCAACCAUUUCUUCUGUGAUUACUUUCCUCUUCUGGAACUUUCCUGCUCAGACACCUCCAUGGCACGAAUAUUGCAAAUAACAAUGUCUAUGCCUGUGAUUCUGACCCCUUUAAUACUGAUCAUUGUAUCAUAUAUGUGUAUUGGCCAUGAAAUCCUGAAGAUAGUGUCCAAUACUGGAAGACAAAAAGCCUUCUCCACCUGCAGCUCCCACUUGGCCGUGGUCUCCAUAUUUUAUGGGACUCUCAUUGCUAUUUAUGUGGUUCCCCCCAGGAAAGACUCACAGACCAUUAGCAAAGUUCUCUCUCUAUUAUACACAGUAGUGACUCCUUUUAUCAACCCAAUGAUUUACAGCUUGAAAAGUGCAGAUAUGAAAAAUGCCCUUAAAAUAUUAUACAAUAAAGAAAAUUUUGUUAAAUUUAAAGCAAAAUCUUAA